AUAGGGUUCGAUAUGAGCUUUCCUAGAAUCAAUAAAGAAGUCCGACGGGAGUUAAUGCCUACCAGAGUGUCCGUUUCUGAUAGAAUUCCUGCUAAGAAAAUCAGGAAAUAUUUCCCAGAGUCGUGGUUAUUUGAAGAUCGCGUUCUCAGCAGCCGAGGACGACUGACAGAAAAAAUUACCCUCCCAGAUACAUUAACCACGUGGGUCAUCCAUGCUGUAGGUAUUUCCGCUACUCGUGGUGUUUGUGUGGCGCCACCUAUAGUAUUCAUAUCGUAUAUGCCUUUCUUCGCCAAACUUCAACUACCACAUAAGGCAGUAAGAUUAGAAGAAGUUGAAGCUAGAGUUACAGUGUAUAAUUAUAAAACAUCAAACUCACGGGUAAAUACACAUUUUCAAUAUUCUUUUUAA